AUGCAGGGACUGGGGAAGACAGAAAGAGGGGAGCAGGGCCGAGACAUCGACCUGACAUCGCUGAGAUCCACCAUGCCAGCCAGCGGCCCUUUGCAGGUUAGUGGGCCCCUCACUGAUAUAUCUUUUUCUCAGGGGGGUUCGACCUCUAAUCUGAACAUGAACCUGUAUGCCACCAAGAAGACAGCAGCUGAGGGCAUGCUGGACAUCGCUCUGUUCCUGGCUAACAUCACGCACAUGAAAACUGUCAUCGAACAGGGAGCUGGAUACAGGUACUACAUUGCUGUCCUGACCCUCAUCUCCUUCUCCCUGGCACUUCAGAUAGUGGCUGGAGUCCUGAUCAUCGUUAUCGCUCGUUUAGAGCUGACCCGCCUCCCCUCUUGGCAGCGGUUGUUAAACUUUCUGAACAAUCUGGUCACUGGCAUUUUCUUCCUCACCCUCAUCGUCAACAUCAUCAAAGCCGCAUUCGGCACACAACGCAGCUGCUUCCUUCGAUGGAUGUUUCAGCGCUUCAUUUUGUGA